AUGCGCUGCGUCACUGUGCUUGAUGUCAGUAAUCUGCCUUUAUGCCAGUUCUCCCUUGAGGAUAAGGCAGCAGCAUGUGCUCAAGCAGACCAAACAUUGAUGUGCUGCCAUUACUCCACUUCUUUGGACGGGGUAGAAAUGACGAAGUUGGCCGAGAACAAUCUGCGCGUGUUGAAUAUAGUUCAUUGCCAUAAAUGCUGCUCGACAUAUAUCUGCUGCUCGAAUAUUGACCGGAUAAUCGAGUGCGUUCGCAAUUUGUAUAAGGAUGUGAGCUAUCAAGAUCCAGUGGCGCAUGUUUCUUUGCUAAAUGAGAUAAUCCUCAUCCACGGUCCCCUCCGCUCGACGAGAACAAGGCUGGGAAUUGAUUUGCGCUCCGACAGUACAAGGCCUGAUAGGCGAGGGCACUUGAUCAUGGUAGUGAUCUUGUCCAAGGCGCUUGACUUCUGUACCAUCUCCCAGAUGUUAUCGAUGACCAUCCGCAUCCUUUUGCUAGAGCCCGUGAGUCAUAGAGACUCGCGAUUUGGUACUCGUCGACCCAAGUGCUCGUGCUUAUUGUUCAUCGGCCAAUCGAAUAGUCUGGCCAUGUCUCUCUUCGUAAUCUCGUCAAGCGCCAUGGCAAUCGUGAGACAUGAACAUCACUGUCGUGAUAUGACAACUCUGUCGCCAGAAGCCAUCGGCACGAUGCAAGAUCCAACGUGGUGGCAGAGCACACCGGAAGUCGUAUCGAAAGACCAGUACAUGAGCCUUGCUAGCUGUCACUGGAUGGAAUUGACGAAAUUCGGGGAACUUCAGAAGGUUUCCAAAGCUGUAUUGUUGGCUUCCCGCCAUCUGCCUACUCCAACGCUCACGCUGGCUGAGAUGAUUCUCAGUACAUGCCAACACUGGCGUUCUCAAGCUCGUACGCAAGCUGGAAGAUCCACUAAGAUGCCGACAUUACGGCAGCUGCUUUUCGCUGGCAUGCCGCUACUCAGCCAUUUGAACUGCUUUCAAUCAUAUCUUCUGUCUUGUCUACACUUGCAAAAGAGUAGCUUUCCCUCCAACACCCAUCAAUGCAAGAUGUGGCGUGCCGGCGACAGCAAACGCGGCCCUGGAGCGAAGGAGAUGGAAUUAAAUGAACAUAUGAAUGGAAGACGAAGUCUUGAAAUCUCGACUCUGUGCCAGAAGACAGCGGCGAUGAAGCGCAAUGCGGACGGAUCGAGCCAAGGAUGUAAGGAAUCUGUGCCAUUUGGCAAGACUAGCAAAGUCCUGACCCUGCUUGGCUUCGUAUUCGGUCUCUUCUGGUUGUAUAUCGCGCGCGGAGUCGGCGAGGGUGGGGCUCAUCUUGCCUCUUCUGCUGUAUAUGAGGCUUCAACUGUCAUCGUCCAGCGCCUUCUUGGCCGUGUUUCAGCAGCUUUGAGCAGUGGAGAACGUGAGCAAGCGCAGAUGUCGGUUGAUGCUGUUUCGAAGUCAUCACUCCUGUCCUUCGACUGCAUCGGCAUCUCAUCCUAUCGAGAAUUGAUUGUCCCAUAUCUUCAUGUCUGCGUUGAGAGAGAUCCAGCUGGGAUGUUGCAAGGAACCCCGGCGUCGGGCAGCCAUAACCGCAAGUCCACCAGUCAUCCUGAAAGGGAUGCAGCUCAAUCCAAGACAAGGUAUCUCGUUGGCAGCACAUUCGACAAGCAGCGAGAGGAGAGCAAGCUUGCUUCUCUCUGUUUGCAGGGAGCCAUUCCGGAAAAUUCCUCGUUGGGUCGAGGUUUCAAACGUGAAUUGCAUUCAUGGCAGCAGGUAUUCGAGUGUACGCCAGAGAACAGCGGUCAUCAUCUGCCGCACCAUCAUUGUCGUGAAUUGUGGCUUGUCACUGUCCUGAGCAACGCAGAGGGUAUGAAUUCCCACGGAUGCACGAAAAGUGUGGUAGUAUGGAAAGAACAAGAACAUCUGAAGAUAUUGCUGUAUCAAAGUCUCAUCAAAGUGCUGGGGCUCGAUGAGGAGGGUGCCAGAACGUGGGGAACCCUUGCCAGAACGUGGGGAACCCUUGCCAGAACGUGGGGAACCCUUGCCAGCCAGGCGAAAAAGAGAGCCGCCUUGGCAGACGCGAUGACGUCGCUGACAAGCAGGCUCUAUUCUUUGGUCCCGCAACACACCUUGAUGCGAUAUACACCUCGAUCGAAACUGCGGAAUGCCACUGCUCACGCCUGCCUUCACGAUCUUACUACGCUACACCCCGCACUGCGCCAAUUGGGGGGCACAUUGGCUUCGAAACAUCCGGGCAAGAUGAUAAUCUUGACCACCAUAUUGAGCUCCAUCUUCGGCACCGACCAUGACCAUGACCACCACCGUUAUGCGCAGAUGGGAGCGCAGAAGUCGAGCAGAAGGAGGUACAAAUGCAACAUCAAGACUCGGGGUUCCGUGCUGCGACCGCUCCAGCCUUGCUAUAGCUCAGACACUGUAUACUUUACUGUUCCGUGCCGUGAAAUAAAAGAGAUACCAGUAGCAGGGUACGACUGGGUCGGGACGCCACUGCAGGUGCGCAAUUGGCAUGGAGGUGCCACCAAACCAGGGCGCCCAGCAUCUCUACGCGGUCAUCAUGAGCGGCCCUUUUGCUGCAUUGACUUCGGGGUUGGCUUUGAGGAUAGUGUCGGCUCGCUCGAUCACGCUACAGAACACAUGACUUAUCCGCUUUCCAGCUACCACAGCAGAUACAUGAGCGAUUGGGCAGCAAAUUUGACGCUGCUGACGUUGAUGCAUUCUCUGGCCUCGAUUGAUUGCCCGUGCCUUUUCGCUUGCUCUCUUACGGUAUGCCGGCGAUAUAUGCUUGAUGUCGUGGUCCUAGCCUUUACACGCUGGAGCUCCACGUCGUCGAAGAAUCCGCCUAUGAGAGUUACCGGCAAUGCCUCUGUGCAACAUCACUCGAACGCGGCAGCGGGAUUGGAGCUCGGGCUGCAUGACAAGGUCUCAUGCUCAUCAUCCGAUACUCUUCCUGUAUCAAAUGAAGUCUUCGGGAACAAGCAGUCGCCACUGGAGCCAAAUUCGACUAUUUUGCAAUCACAUCUUCGCAUCAUUUGCCAUCAGACUAGAUUGACAAAAUGUCGUCAGAUAUGUGACGCAACUCUGAGGCUAGAACUACCUAUACCCCGAGUUGAAAGCAGUUGCGCUGCUUCGACAGCAAGCACCACAAAUGAUUCCGCCAAGAACAGCCCCGAAACGAUGGUACACUGCAGUAUAGCAUUAGUGCAUUGUUCGCUUGAACCACGACAAACAACACCGACAGCCCCUUUGAGUGAUAGUCGCUCUGCCACACAAAGAGCUGCUGGGAACUACCCCCUCGCGAGAUACUGCUUUUUGGUUCUUGACAAUGGAAUCUCAGGCUCAUCGCCACAAGCUGUCGCAAGUCGAGUACACAGGUCAAUGACUUCAGAUACACUGAAACUAUUGCAACCACCUGCGAAUAUGGCCCUGAGGAAGUUGCGCUCGAUUGGCUCUGCUGAUCCUGGCCCUAGCGACGAUGAAGAGCGCUAUUCUCAUUCCUGUAGCCGACACCCAAUGAUACAUAUUGCGAAACAUGUAGGCGCAUGCCCAAUUCAAAGGCUCAUACUCUUGAACGGCCACAGAUUUUCCCCAAGGAACGCAACAGCGCAAUCAUACCGGCAUAACGCUCGCUUCCGAACAUUCCUUCUGCUUAGUGCAAUCGAUCUCAAAAUUUGGUACGAGUCGGAGUCAGAGAGGCUGAACCACUUUGUAGCUGACAAGGAAUCUAAGGUCCAUACACUCAUAAGCUGCGGAUGUCGACGGCGGAUGAUACCAAAUGAUCUAUCAGGGAGUAAAAAGGAAGUGCCACCGCGCGCAGCAAUCACCAUUGCUAAUGGAAUCAACGGACGUCACAUCUGCAGCACAUACAUGGAAGUAGUCGCACCAAGCACGCAAGCGGAACCGCAAACCACCGCAGCGAAGGCGAGAAUGAUGCCACGAACGCGGACAAUCCGGUAA